AGCGUGUUUGCGCUACAUAUCAAAAAAAUAUACCAAGCUGAAGGUACACGCCGAGGAAAGUUCUUAAAUUCGUGCUUGCGUAAAAAGAAAAUUGCGAAAUUCCAGUAAAAUUUGCUAAUAUUGACAAAGCAUUCACAAAGCACAAAACCGCGGCUUAAUUUAUAGAUAUAAAAAGCAAUAAAAGAAAGACAAAACAAAAUGGCUGAUAAUGAUGAUCUUUUGGAUUACGAGGAUGAGGAGCAAACUGAGACCACUGUAGCGGAAACGCAAGAGGCUCCCAAAAAAGAUGUCAAGGGUACUUACGUGUCUAUACACAGUUCGGGUUUUCGCGAUUUUCUCCUAAAGCCGGAAAUUUUAAGAUCCAUUGUGGAUUGUGGUUUUGAGCAUCCUUCAGAAGUACAACAUGAAUGUAUUCCUCAGGCUGUCUUGGGCAUGGAUAUUCUCUGCCAGGCAAAAUCUGGUAUGGGUAAAACUGCUGUAUUUGUGCUCGCCACCCUUCAGCAGCUGGAGCCCACCGAGAAUGUUGUCUAUGUUCUAGUCAUGUGUCAUACUCGUGAAUUAGCAUUCCAAAUUAGCAAGGAAUAUGAACGUUUUUCCAAGUAUAUGCCUUCCGUUAAGGUUGGCGUUUUCUUUGGCGGUUUGUCCAUACAAAAAGAUGAAGAAACAUUAAAGAAUGUUACACCCCAUAUCGUUGUCGGCACACCAGGACGCAUUUUGGCUUUGAUACGGAAUAAGAAAUUAAAUUUAAAGCAUCUGAAACAUUUUAUUCUCGAUGAAUGUGACAAAAUGUUGGAACAACUUGAUAUGCGCCGCGACGUUCAGGAAAUUUUCCGCAGCACACCUCACGGAAAGCAAGUUAUGAUGUUUUCCGCCACACUAAGCAAAGACAUUCGUCCGGUUUGCAAAAAAUUCAUGCAAGAUCCCAUGGAGGUAUAUGUAGACGAUGAAGCCAAGUUAACCUUGCACGGUCUGCAACAGCAUUAUGUCAAACUAAAGGAAAAUGAAAAGAACAAAAAGUUAUUCGAACUUUUGGAUGUGUUGGAAUUCAAUCAAGUGGUUAUAUUCGUUAAAUCGGUACAGCGUUGUAUGGCUCUGGCUCAACUCUUGACAGAACAAAAUUUCCCAGCCAUUGGCAUACAUCGUGGCAUGACUCAGGAGGAACGUCUUAAUCGCUAUCAACAAUUCAAAGAUUUCCAGAAACGUAUUUUGGUUGCCACAAACUUGUUUGGCCGUGGCAUGGAUAUUGAACGUGUCAAUAUUGUUUUUAAUUACGAUAUGCCAGAGGAUUCCGAUACUUAUUUGCAUCGCGUAGCUCGCGCUGGACGUUUUGGUACCAAGGGUUUGGCCAUUACAUUUGUUUCCGACGAAGCCGAUGCCAAGAUUCUGAAUGAAGUUCAGGAUAGAUUCGAUGUUAACAUUACAGAAUUGCCAGAUGAAAUUGAUUUGUCAUCCUACAUUGAAGGGCGAUAAUUGGAGAUUUUCAUAAACAUUUUAUGGAUAGCUGCUAACCAAUCGGUUUUUCAUGUCCCUUUGGAUAACAGUAUAAUAAGAGUAUCUCCUUCCCAACACAAAGCAACAACCAUUUAUCCUUGACUCUUAACUGAAGAAAAUUCAAAUAAACUCAACAAAAACACCCUA